CGUUAUUUAGCAAAACGAGAGGAUUUACAUUGUAUAUCAAUGCAAAAAAAUAUUAUGUAGAUAUAUUGAUAUUUUCCCAGGAGUACAAUGUAGAAGAUACUUAAGGCUUACAGUUAUCAUGAUUAUAGAGUUUAUCAAUGUUUAAAAUCUAAAAUACCUGGGAACGAAAAAGAGACACUUUUAUCGAUUUUACAAUGUAAAUAGAUCAACUAAAAAACCUAGUUGGGAAAAAGACAAAAUGGCUACUGGUCAACAAAGUGAUACAGAUAUUCUCUCGGAUGAAAUAUUUGAUGUAUUAUAAACCACGAUGGAUAAAUCUCAAGUUAAGUCAAGAACCAGUAAAGAUCUGCCGAGGGCAUCUGCAGCAGAUAUUAGUGACAGACAGAGUCAUAAAGACAUUGAUAUGUACUGUCAGAACCACGAUAGUGUUGGCUGUUCAACAUGUAUAGCAGUUGAUCAUAGAUUAUGUAAGGAUACAGUCUACGAACCAGAAUUUAGUUUGGAUGCUGCAAAUGUUGCCAACAAGCAUGCCAAUAUAAAAAGUACAGCAGGAGACAGAACAAUUCUCAGACAGUCGGGACAAAAGAAGGCCCUAGGCACACUAUCACAGAUACCUACAAAGACUGCUGACAUUUUAUUUCAGAUUAAAGGAAAUCAAUCAUAUAAUGUUCAAGUUAAGUCUGAUAAAGACCGUUGUUAUAUCACCAGUGCCUGCUAUAUGGAAGAUGGUACAAUUAUUCUAGCAGAUAACAACAACAGGAAGCUUAAACGGUUACACAAUUAUAACUAUACUGUCACAGACUACUGUGAUCUACCUGGAAUGCCAUGGCAAGUGUGUAUGAUCAGUAACACCCAAGUAGCAGUAACUCUUCAAUCACAAAAGGAAGUACAUUUUAUUUCUCUAGAAAGCAAAAUGAAAACAACAAACAAGAUUAACACUGAUUUUCCAUGUGUCUAUCUUGCAUAUGCAAAAAAUAAUUUAUAUAUUUCAGAUUUAUACACAUCAAUAUACGUGUAUACAUUGUCAGGUAGGAAACUUAAUCAUUUCAGUAAAGAUCAAUCAGGAGAUAAGGUGCCCUCUGCAAUAUGCAGUUUAGCUGUCAAUAAAGAUGCUACUAGGAUUUAUGUUGGUAACGAUGAUGAUGAACUGAUAGUACUGGACAACAAUGGUCAGAUUAUUACAUCAUUCAGUGAUGAACAAAAAUUAAAGGUGACUACAUGUUGUUAUCUCACUGGCGCAGGAAGUGUGUUGGUAUCUGGAAGUAACUCCAAUAAUGUUUUACAGUUCACAUGUGAUGGUGAGCUGAUAGGAGAGGUUAUAAAAGCUGUUAGUGGAAAAGGGGGAAUUAUCUCAUUCUGUUGUAAUCAAAACAUGACAAAGAUGUUUAUAAGUAGAAUUUUUGAUGACAACAUUGAAGUAUAUGACAUCUAAUCAGUAAAACAAAUGAUUCACAAAACAAAAAUAAACAUGUUUUUUUUGAAAAUAUGCCUUACUCUCAAAAUAUAUGCAAGGAGAAUAACAUGUUUUAUUUAUUAAAGGUAAUAAUGUCUUUUGGCUUUCCCAUUUUUGAAUGCACCUGGUUUUAUUGUUUUUUUUGAUAUAUUACAAGAAAAACUUCCAAAUUAUUUGAACAAUAUGAAAAAGUAAUAUCACGCAAGUAUUUGGCAAGCUUAAUACAAUUGAUUAAUUUUUAUUUAUUACAUACCCAAAAUAAGAAUGGUAUACAGUAAAAAAGUCAUUCUUUUUUAUUGAUGCACAUAAAGUACAAUGCUAAAAUUUAGCCUAUUUUGAUGUUUGAAUAACACAAUGUUCAGAGUUAGCUAUUUCCCCUACCGAGUACCUGGAACUUUAAG